GCACGCCACCGCUCAACGGAAUUUUCUCUUCCUUUUCUCGGAUCUUACUGCGUUGCUGAUGGCAAAACACAAACACUGAAUCUUUUCAUAUGGCUCGAUUGCCAAGGUAGGAAUCGUCAGCCUUUUAUCAUAUUCACGUCUUUCUUGUUGGCAAAGAAUCCAUCUUUUUUCCCUCGCUCGCUAUCUCAAUCGGUCCACUUUUUCCUCCAUCUAUGCACCAUGCACAAAAUGGCCCGUUUAUUAUUGAUCAGAUCCCGUCGAACUUUGGCUUUCGUUCGGUGUCUGUGCUAAUCCAUCCGACAAGUCAUGACAUGGAUUGCCUCCACCACAUGCUAAUCAUGCAAAAUUUGGUACUGGUAAUGCUUUUUCAUCGAUCAGAGACCCUCUCGUUGGAUAUCAAAGUCCUGAAUACCGUCUACCAAGUUUCCCCCUACUCCAUUGACUCUGUUACUUACCUCCAACUCUCAUACAAUACUUCCUGAACAAUCUCCGAACCUUCUUUUGACCUCUUCCCCAAGUCCUUCUCAUUGUGCUGUACAUACGUGAAUCCUGGAUUCUUCGAUUUCCAUCCUCCCUUCAGCAUCAGAUACUGUCUUUUUCGACUGAUUGAUUUCACCAACGCACUCAACCUGCCCGGGCGGUGUCCGGGUGACCGUCGACUCGGUUCACACACAUAUGGCCGACGGACAACUCCCUUCAUCAGAACCCGAAAGCCACAGCAGUAGCAAUAAUUCCAGCACAAAUCAUAGCAGGAGCCAGAGUGCCCACGGAAGGGCUGGUCAAAAAACGCACAAGGUCAAAUUUAUCGGUGACGAGGAUGGUGGUGGUGGUGAACAGGGAGAGUCCUCCCGACGGAGGAGUAUACCUGAAAUACGACUCGCAGAAUCAGAAGAUGUAGCCGACUCUCCCAUGACGCCGACCGAGUCGGAAUAUGCAGGACGAGCCGAUGUUGCAGCUGCCCAAGCACAGAGUCGGGCCAGUCGCUUAGCCUUUAGACUCAGCAACUCACAAACACAAACGGGACGCGGCAAGACAAACUCUGGUUCAAAUACUCCUCUCAUACCAAACCAACAAGGUUAUGCUUCACCCGACAACUCACCGCCCAUGAAACCAUUGAGCGACUGGCUUGUCGACGUCGACGAUAUUCCUCUGACCUCCCUUUCCAAAGACAAACGACCAUAUACUAUCCACGACGAUACGACUGAUGACGAUGAUGACGACGAUGAUGAAAAGCCCAAAACCCUCAAGCGAGAUGACGAAAACAUAGCCGAAGCGAGACGCCUUUUGAGAACCCUCACCAAUGGCCCCCAACAGGGGUCCAGAUGGCAGCCUCAUCCUAGGUCUGGAUCGGAGACCCCGGCCGUUGAUAAACAUCUACACGACUUAGAUUAUGUCCCACCUCCAAAUGAUUAUCGGCCUGGCGUCUUCGGGGCCAUUCUCUCGUCCAAGCUUGCCGAUCUUCAACAACAUGGCUUCACGCAUCCAAGGUACCAUGACGAUAGCCCUCAACACCAUCAAGGUGUCAGGCACGACUCCAAAGAUGGUCGUUUCGCCGGCCAUUCCCGAGCGAAUUCGGACACUUAUGCUCCUUCUUAUACAUCAUCAGGCCGGGCCACGCCCUCCGGGAGACUGACGCCGUCGUCCAAGAGGCCAAAAUGGUACGAAAAACCAAAUCAUUCCAUGAGCUCCAUGGGCUCCAUGGCGACAUUGCUGGCAUCUGCGUCGGCGGCCUCGGCAGCGCCGGCCGCCCCAAGCACCACUGGGCAAGUGCCACGGCCACACCUGCCUCGAUCCAAAUCUUCGAAUAGUAUGAUUGCCACUGCGGUCGACAUGAUCAAGCAUCCUGGGAAUCAUUUUCAUCACAAAUCCGAGCAGAUUCUCCGAGCCGAGGAAGAACGCGUCAUCCACGAUGUUGCCGAGAUCAUUGCCUGUCGCAAGUACCUCAAGAAACUCGCCCGGGCAUUGAUGGCGGUCGGUGCACCGUCACACCGUCUCGAAGAAUACAUGAAGACGUCGGCACGAGCGCUCGGCAUUGACGGCGACUUUCUGUACCUGCCUGGGUCCAUGCUCGUCUCGAUCAACGACAAGGUCACCAUGAGUACGGAAGUCACGCUGGUCAGGGAAACUCAAAACGUCGACCUGGGGAAAUUCAAGGACGUCUUUGCCACGUACAAGUGCGUCAUCCACGGGAAACUGACGGCCCAAGAGGGCCUUGACGAACUCGACGGUAUCCUCAAAUCUCCCAAGCGACACAAGACGCCCGUACAGAUUCUGGCCUACGGCAUUGCCGCCGUUGCCGUCGGGCCAUUCGCUUUCGCCGCGAGACCCGUCGACUUUGGACCAAGUUUUGCCCUGGGUUGUGUUUUGGGUUUCCUGCAGCUCAUCGUGGUGACUCGCUCAUCACAAUUCUCGCACGUGUUCGAGGUCCUCGCGGCGGUCAUCAUAGCGUUCGUCGCCCGAGGUCUCGGCUCCAUCUACCACAACAGCCAUCCUGUGUUCUGCUUCUCCGCCAUAGCGCAGAGCAGUAUAGCACUGAUCUUGCCGGGAUAUACUGUUCUCUGCGCGGCUCUGGAAUUACAGAGCAAAAGUCUGGUCGCCGGAUCGGUCAGGAUGGUAUAUGCCAUCAUCUACUCGCUGUUCCUUGGUUUCGGUAUCCUCAUAGGCUCUGUCUUGAUGGGUAUCAUGUAUAAUGAUGCACAGAGCAGUGUGACCUGUGAUAUGCCGUCAUGGUGGAACGUCACCAACCCCAACUACCAAUUGAUCUAUGUCAAGUUCAUAUGGGUUCCGGUGUUUGCUAUAUGUCUUGCAAUCAUCAACCAAGCCAAAUGGGGCCAAAUUCCCGUCAUGACCAUCAUCGCCAUGGCCGGAUACCAGGCCAACUUUUGGAUUUCCGUCUACCUGGCGAACAACAUUCAGGUUGCAAAUGCCAUCGGCGCUUUUGUUAUCGGAUGUCUGGCGAACUUGUACAGUCGAUUCUUUCACGGUCUCGCCGCCGCGGCCAUGUUGCCUGCGAUAUUCGUCCAGGUGCCUUCGGGCCUCGCUGCGAGCGGUAGUCUCGUCGCCGGCAUCACGAGCGCGAAUCAAAUCACGCACAACACGACGGGUAUUAGUGUCAUCAACAACGGGACGGCCGGAUUUCAAGCCGCCCAGGACAGCGCAUCUGCGGGAUUGUAUUCCGGGACGAUAUUCAAUGUUGGGUACGGCAUGAUUCAGAUCGCCAUUGGUAUCAGCGUGGGUUUGUACCUGAGUGCUUUGGUCGUGUAUCCUAUUGGGAAACGGAGGAGUGGAUUAUUUAGUUUUUGAUUCUAGCUUUUUGGAGGGGUUUUGAGCGUUUUUGGACAUUUUGUACAGGAGUCCUAUGGGUUAUGAUUAUUUGUUGGAAAUGAUAUGAUGUUGUGUGAGCGAACCUACUCAUUACGAGUCCCAAACCUACCUACAAGGUAACAUAUUCUAGUCCCUUUAGGUUAUAUCUAAUGUAUUGAACACAAACAAGCCUGGUCAAAGCAACGUCUCUCCCUUUUAUACGGAGCGUUUGAAAAGUUUGAGAGUUGAGAUAUUG